UUCUUCAGUCAUGAAGCAAAUAUCCCAGCAGUCAUCAUCCCUCCAGGCAAUGAGUGAUGAGGCCCUCAGAUGGAUGGACGUUGCCCUCUCGAAGGCCGAGGACUCCCUGAGAGCUGGGGAAGUGCCUGUAGGUUGUCUCUUUGUAUACGAGGGGGAGAUAAUCGCCACUGGCAAUAACAGAGUCAACGAGACUCGAAAUGCCACUCGUCAUGCUGAGAUUAAUUGCAUCGACGACGUUCUUGAUUUCUGCAAGGCAAGGGCUCUCGACUACAAGGACGUCUUCAGUAAUCUUGACGUAAUUGUGACUGUGGAGCCUUGUGUUAUGUGUGCAGCUGCUCUCCAGGAGCUCAAAGUACGGAGCAUCGUCUACGGGUGCAAUAAUGAUCGCUUUGGGGGAUGUGGAAGUGUCUUCGAGGUCUCCAGCAUUUACGAGGAUGGAGUUAAGGUGACGGGGGGCGUCAAGGCCGAGGAAGCCAUGAAACUUCUCAAGGAAUUCUACAAGGGAACAAAUCCCAAUGUUCCUGUUGAGAAAAUGGGAAAGGGCAGGAAGAAGAGAGGGAAAAAAUCCUCUGGUGUUAAGGACGAUGUGCAAUAGAUUUUAGAUUAGAUUUAGUUAAAUAUACUUUCAAUCAUGCUAUACAUUCAUUAGGAAAUUAAGCAAUACUUUUGUAUUUCAUGAAUUUAUAUAAAUAUUUGU